CCCGCCCAGUGCGUUCCCGCGAGUGGCGAAGAAGCGACGCACACCGCUGGGAGUUUGGGAGAGCCAGCUGUGACCGUAGGGGCGGAGCCAAGCUGUGGCUGCCCGUCAUGGAAGGCUACACAGUCCUGAGAGUGAUUGGCCAGGGCUCCUUCGGCAGGGCUCUUCUGGUUCUGCAGGAAAGCAGCAGUCAGACCUUCGCCAUGAAGGAAAUAAGACUGCUCAAGUCUUUCUCUGAUACACAGAAUUCUAGGAAAGAGGCUGUUCUGCUUGCCAAAAUGAAACACCCCAAUAUUGUUGCUUUUAAGGAGUCAUUUGAAGCUGAAGGGCAUCUGUAUAUUGUGAUGGAGUAUUGUGAUGGAGGAGAUCUAAUGCAGAGGAUUAAACAGCAAAAAGGGAAGCUGUUCCCAGAAGAUACGAUACUUAAUUGGUUUAUACAAAUCUGUCUUGGAGUAAAUCACAUUCACAAGAGACGUGUUUUACACAGAGAUAUCAAGUCCAAAAAUGUGUUCCUCACCCACAGUGGGAAAGUGAAAUUGGGAGACUUUGGCUCUGCCCGUCUUCUCUCCAGUCCCAUGGCGUUCGCAUGCACGUACGUGGGAACACCUUACUAUGUGCCUCCAGAAAUCUGGGAGAACCUGCCUUACAACAAUAAAAGUGACAUCUGGUCCUUGGGAUGCAUUCUGUAUGAACUCUGCACUCUGAAGCAUCCAUUCCAGGCAAACAGUUGGAAAAAUCUUAUCCUGAAAAUAUGCCAGGGGCCCAUCCACCCGCUGCCAGCUCUGUACUCCGAGAAGCUUCAGUGCCUUGUGAAGCAGAUGCUGAAAAGGAACCCUUCCCACCGUCCCUCUGCCACCACCCUCCUCUGCAGAGGGGGCCUCGCUCCGCUGGUCCUCAGGUGCUUGCCCCCUCAGAUCAUCAGAGAAUAUGGAGAACAGAUAUUAGAUGAAAUCAAAAUAUCUGAGCCUAAGAAUACGAAAAAACGGGACCCCAACAGAGCCAGGAAAGCUGUGGGAGAUGAAGCAAAUGCCAUGCAACAGGAAGAACGUGGUAGCAAGUGCAGCCAUACUGAAUUGGAAGGCACUCAUACAAACCCAGUUGGGAAUGCCUUGGGAAGAGGAAAUCCAGACUCAGGUAACCCACCAGAGCACCAGAGGCGUACCAGUCCAGCAAGUCCUCAGAGGCAGCGGUGGGAGAGACACGGUCCCAGUUCCGCCCUAGGUUUGGAGAAAGCAUCCAUCCUCACCUCCAGUUUCACGGCAGAGGACGACAGAGGUGGUUCUGUGAUAAAGUACAGUGAAGAAAAUGCCCGUAAGCAGUGGGUCAGAGAGCCCCCGGAGGCCUUGUUGUCAAUGCUGAAGGACGCUGAUCUCAGCCUGGCAUUUGAAACAUACACAAUAUAUAGACCAGCUGCAGAAGGAUUCCUGAAAGGUCCCCUUUCUGAAGACACAGCAUCAGACAGCGUCGACGGUGAUCUCGAUUCUGUCAUUGUAGACCCAGAGAGAUUUGAACCUCGGCUGGAUGAAGAAGACACGGACUUUGAGGAAGAUGACGAAAACUCCGAUUGGGUGUCAGAACUAAAGAAGCAAGUAGGAUGGAGGGAGGGCCGUGGUGACCAGCUCCUGGGAGACCGUGCCUGAGCCGUGCUGGGAGACGCAGUAGAGAAACUGAUGGCGGGUACAGAAGUGAGGACCAAGAAAAUGUAUCACAAACUUUCAAAGCAAUAAGAACCCUUGUGAGAUUUGAACCCAAGGCAGGUCUAGCAGAUGCUGCGAGCCUUGCAUUCUGACAGAACAGAGGUGCAACGCUGCCUGCUGGCCGCUAACUAUGUGUGUGACAAUAGGAAAUGACUCAACUCCUUUGGUCCCGAAUUUUCUCAUCUAUACAUGAGAGUACCGACGCCUACCUCAUAGGAACACUGACCAAGACACUAGCCACACAGUGGUUGUUACCUGCAAUUACCAUGUAACACUCUGUUUCCUAAAGGUUUAAGGAUCCAAAUACAGGAAGCUAUGACAUAA